AUGGGGCUGUGAGCAACCUCCUCUAGCGGGAGGUGUCCUUGCCUAUAGCAGGGGGGUUGGAAAUGGCCCUUCCAACCCAAAUCAUCCUAUGAUUCUAUAGGUGGAGCAUUUAAAGUCUUAGAUCUUCUGAGAUGACAAGUGUUCAGAGUUGGCUGCAAUGUUACAUUUCUGGCUUGUGAUGUUGUAUGGAAUGUUUCUGAAAGAUCAGUGUGGAGAUGUCUCAAGGAGAUUAGGUAGGCAAGAGAAAUUAGAUGAAAAUCUCUAGCGAUUUAGGAAGAGUUGGGACAAUGGAAAAUUGUAUCUUUUGGGAUACAUGAAGUUAAUAAAGUAAGCUCAUUAUCAUCAGCUUUGCCUGAAUGAAGUAGAUCUUUUAGUCUGAUCUCUAAGGAGCAGCCAUACAAAUAUAGCUUGUUAUUUAAAUGUUUUUAAGAAUAGAAAAACAUCUUGAGUUGAUGCAGAAUACUGCAGUCAAAAAAUGUGACAUGAUUUUGAAUGAAAUUGCAGAAAGUCUGUUGCUGAAGCUACAGACCACAGUUUUGUUUCUGUUUGCAGAAACAAAACAAAAUUUGACUCAAAAUUACUGCAUGCUUAGAAUGCCAUUGAAUAGGUCAAACAUUCUGCUCUGAAAGGGCACCUCUUUCAUCAAAGUUAAUACAAGAAGAGCAAGUACUCGUUGCAUUUUGUUAUGGCAGAGGCAGAAGUGGCUUGGGCAAUAAGAGGAAAUCUGUGGAAUUGGUUUUUUGAGGAAGGAACAUUGCAGACACCAUGGAAUGUUUGUGGAAGGAGGGGACAGUGAGCUUGUUUUGCUGAUCUCUGACUUCACCUAAGAAAUGAGUGGUGAGAUUUUUCUCGUUUAUUUUGGUGUGUAAAAGAAUAGGUCCUGUUUGAAAAACUGGUGAUUAAGCAGUUCACUGAGUGGCUGUAUGUACUGCCAGUCCCAUAGUCAGCGCUUAUGAGGAAAGAUGUUUCUCCUCUUCUCGUCGUUCUAAAUGUGACUUUUCCUACCACAUCCCUAUGUAGCCUUUCUUUGUUUUCAGCAGUCUCCUAUCAUGGAGAAGUAGUGAGGGUGUAUAAUAAAAUCUUAGAUAUUCAAUUCAUUUAAAUACCUACUAAGAUAUGUCCCUUUUCAGAACUAUUUUAAGAUUGUCUGUGUUCCUAGAAAAGACAUAAGAAAAAUGAAAGAAUCUAAGCAAUUUUUAAAAUCCUGACAAAACAGGAAAUGCUAAGAUUGGUGCAACCUUGUUUUUUUGUUUUCUGAACUUUUCUUACAGUUAAGACACUUUCAAUUUGACCACUGAGAUACACUGUUAUUAAAAAAAAAGUGUGAACGUUCAUGAGCAGUGAAUGCAAAGAAUACAAGCAUGAUACAAUCAAGCAAAUGAAUGCUCAAACUAUAGAAAACUCAGAUCUCUUUUUCAAGAGGUUCUUCUCUUGCAGCUCUGAAUGUGAUUUAAAUACAAGUGUAUUCAUCCAUGAACCCGUGUACAUAUAACCUCAUCUAUGAGUGUCUUCCACAAGCACUUACUGUUCACUUCUAAAUAGCAAGCUGAGACAUAGAGAAAAAAAUGCCUUGCCCAAGCUUGCCUGAUAGAAAAGUGGCUGAUGAAAAGAGAACCUGUUUCCUUGUUUUUUGUAUAGCCUUGUGCCAAAUUUUUGCAGACCCUUGAUCAGUACUGUAACUCUGUCUGUCAUUAUCAUUGUAAUUUGAAAACAGAUCUAAAAAGUUUUAUAACAUAGUGUUAUUCAGUCAUACAUAAUACUCAUGGAGACACAACUCGGGAUAAAGCCCUUGAGACUGUACUGGCAUACCACAGCGUUUCUGAGUCAGCAGCUCCCUAACAGCACCAUGUUCUGUAUGCCACUGUCAGCUCCCACAUUGCUUGUGGCUUUUAGAUCUUGAGAGGAAACCCAACUUUGUACUGUGUUUAUAUCCACAUUUUGUCUAAAAUCAGCUCAAUAGUCCCACCUUCAUCAUCUGUCUAUCCUUCUGGUAUUGACACAUACAACAUUAUGUGAAUAAUUUAUAGUUUCAGAGAGUUGCAGUUUGCUCCCAGUUUAACAUGUUGGUAAAGCACGAAGGGGCAAACCUUACAGGCAGCUAUGACUGCAAUAUGGAGACAUGUAGAGGAAAGAAUUCUACAAAUACUCUAUUGAGAAAAGUCUCUUAAAAUUAUACCAAAAAUAAGGAACUAAGAUAUUACCAAGUGUAUAAUCAUGUUAAAAUACCUGUCUUAAGGUAUAAGUGCUUAUUUAAAUGCUUUACUGGUCAAUUUCCUAACGGUCUAUGAUUCUGUAAAAUUACUCUAAAUUCUUUAUGGAAGUCAUAGGCUUAGUCUUUCUGCAGCCCCUAGCUGAAUGUCUAGGAGAACAGCCAGCCACAGGUAUAAUCAAUAUGAGUUCCUCCAGGACACAUUUUUUCCAUUUUAACAUUGCCUGCAGUGUUCACUGAAAAACUGUUUCCUGUGAUAUACUGCAUUUAUUGCAGAGAACUGUAGGAGUCAGAAUUGCAGCACACUGUGCAUGAAGUAAGAUGUUUGUAACGUCAAGGAAUUAGUCACAGUCCUGUCUCUGGUCAACCCCUAUUACGUAAUGCAGUGGCAGCACAUCAACUGUGUGCCCUCCCAUUCUGAAUAGAUUUAGGGAUUCCCCUUUUGACCACUGUCCACUUGAAGUCUCAGUCUGCUGUUUUGCAUAUAUAGCCCUGGGGCAUAUAAAAUGCUUUGGCCUCACAGGAGGGAUACAGAGCGGGGGAGACUGAAAGAAAGCAACUUUCACAGUGAAGACCAUUUGGAAAUAUCACUCAGAAAAACAAGGUUAUCCUGCUACUCUGAAAACUUCAUCCCCCUUCCAGCUGUCUUUAAAGAAGCGUUCCCACAUCACACAAAACAAGAUUUCGGCAGUGUGAAGUAAAAGCAUAAAUAAAGUAUACAAAAUGCUGUGCCCAUGGCAGUUUGCAUUCAAACCUCGUGUUGUUAAGAGACAGUCCUCUGAAGAGAAGGAUAUCAAUAAUAACGUGGAGAAAGAUACUAAGAUCCACCGCUCUGUGAAAGGUGAUGCCAAAUUACACAGUCUAAGCAGGAAGCAGAUAGAGAUGUCACCUACAAUCACUUCAGCAGAGAAACCCCCACAAAAUGGUAUCAAAGCUUCAAGCCAAAUAUCAAGAUGUCCAAGACAUGUAAAAGUAAGAAACUUGGAAAAUGGAUCCAGCCUUCUCGACACAUUACACCUGACAGCAAAGGAGGUUAUCAAUUGUCGGACCAAAGCUUGCCAAGGAGCACUCAUGACCCCAAAGGGCCUGGUCAGAGGCACUAGAGAUGGGCCAGUUCCUCCAGCAGAGCUUCUGCCUCAGGCAAUAGACUUUGUCAAGCAGUACUACAGUUCAUUCAAAGAGUUAAAAAUAGAGGAGCACCUGGCCCGAAUAGAAACGGUGACCAAAGAGAUAGAAACAACAGGAACCUACCAUCUGACAAAGGAUGAACUGACCUUUGCUGCCAAACAGGCCUGGAGGAAUGCUCCAAGAUGUAUUGGGAGAAUCCAGUGGUCCAAUCUACAGGUAUUUGAUGCACGUGAUUGUAAAACAGCCAAGGAAAUGUUUGAAUGUAUCUGUCGCCAUAUUCAGUAUGCCACAAACAAUGGAAAUAUAAGAUCAGCCAUCACCAUCUUCCCUCAGAGGACUGAUGGGAAACAUGAUUUCCGUGUUUGGAACAGCCAGCUCAUCCGAUAUGCUGGAUAUCAAAUGCCAGAUGGGUCUGUCAUAGGAGACCCUGCAAGUGUGGAGUUCACAAAGUUGUGCAUUGAGCUUGGGUGGAAGCCGAAAUAUGGCCGCUUUGAUGUAGUUCCACUCAUUCUCCAAGCAAACGGCCAGGAUCCAGAAAUAUUUGAAUACCCGCCAGAGAUUAUCCUUGAAGUGCCAAUGGAGCAUCCAAAAUACGAAUGGUUUAAGGAGUUGGACCUGAAGUGGUAUGCUCUGCCUGCUGUUGCCAACAUGCUCCUUGAGGUGGGAGGCCUGGAAUUUACUGGGUGUCCUUUCAAUGGCUGGUACAUGGGAACAGAGAUUGGAGUGCGAGACUUCUGUGAUGUACAGCGGUACAACAUCUUGAAGGAGGUUGGAAGAAGAAUGGGACUGGAAACCAACAAACUUGCAUCAUUGUGGAAGGACCGAGCUGUUGUAGAGAUAAAUGUGGCUGUGCUUCAUAGCUUCCAGAAACAAAAUGUUACUAUCAUGGAUCACCACUCAGCUGCGGAGUCCUUCAUGAAAUACAUGCAGAACGAGUACCGCGUGCGAGGAGGCUGCCCAGCUGAUUGGGUGUGGAUUGUACCUCCGAUGUCAGGGAGCAUAACUCCUGUGUUCCACCAAGAGAUGUUGAACUAUGUCCUCACUCCUUUCUUUUACUACCAGGUGGAUGCGUGGAAAACACAUAUCUGGCAUGAUGAGACCCGUAGGCCAAAGAAAAGAGAAAUAAAAUUGAGCGUCUUGGCAAAGGCUGUACUCUUUGCGUCAUUACUCCUGCGAAAAACAAUGGCAGCCAGGUCCAAGGUGACUGUGAUCUAUGCAACAGAGACUGGGAAAUCAGAAACACUAGCCAACAAUCUGUGCAGCUUGUUCAGCUGUGCCUUCAACACUAAGAUUCUGUGCAUGGAUGAGUACAACAUCAGUGACUUGGAAAAAGAAACACUUCUUCUAGUGGUGACUAGCACUUUUGGAAACGGAGAUUCUCCAAAUAAUGGAAAGACAUUGAAGAACUCUUUGCUCACCCUGAAAUUGCUGAGAAAAAAAAUAAGAUAUGCUGUGUUUGGUUUGGGGUCCACCAUGUAUCCUGAGUUCUGUGCCUUUGCUCAUGCCAUUGACCAAAAACUGUCCCAGCUGGGGGCUUAUCAGCUUACUCCAGUGGGUGAAGGAGAUGAACUCAAUGGUCAAGAGGAAGCCUUUCGCACAUGGGCGGUCACUGCAUUCAAGACUGCCUGUGACAUUUUUGACAUCCGUGGGAAAAACAGUAUUCAGUUGCCUGAGAUAUACACAUCAGAUGACAGCUGGAAUCCUAAGAAACAUAGGAUAGUGUAUGAUUCUCAAACCAUGGACUUGACUAAAGCAUUGGCAGACGUUCAUGCAAAGGAUAUAAUUCCCAUGAAGCUGAAAUUCAGACAAAAUCUUCAGAGUUUCAAAUCCAGUCGUGUUACCAUUCUAGUUAAGCUUUCCUGUGAGACUAAUCAGGAAGUGCACUACCUGCCUGGAGAACAUAUUGGGAUUUUCCCAGGCAACCAGCCAGAAUUAGUCCAUGGCCUCAUUGCACGUGUUAAGGAUGCCCCUCCAGCUGAUCAGACUAUCAGACUUGAAACCUGUACUGAAGGUGGCUACUGGGUAAGCGAGAAGAAGAUUCCAGCUUGCACACUCUCCCAAGCGUUGACAUAUUUACUUGAUAUCACUACUCCACCCUCCCAACAACUUCUAAAAAAGCUCUCCCAGCUGGUAACAGCGGAAGGAGACAAACAGAGACUGGAAGUCUUAUGUCAUAGCACAGAAGAAUACAAUAAAUGGAAGUUUUAUAACAGCCCAAACAUCCUGGAGGUCCUGGAAGAGUUUCCUUCUGCUGAAGUCACAACAGCUUUCUUACUGACUCAGCUGCCACUUCUGAAACCCAGAUACUAUUCUGUCAGUUCCUCCUGUGAUAUGACGCCCAGAGAGAUCCAUCUGACGGUUGCUGUGGUAAACUACAGGACAAGAGAUGGACAAGGGCCUUUGCACCAUGGAGUCUGCAGCACAUGGCUGAACAAAAUAGCUCUCAAUGAAACAGUCCCAUGCUUUGUGCGCAGUGCUGAUGGAUUCUGGCUUCCAAAGGAGCCAGCCAAGCCGUGCAUUCUUAUUGGCCCAGGAACAGGAAUUGCUCCAUUCAGAAGUUUCUGGCAGCAGCGUCUCUAUGACUUGGAAAAGAAAGGGAUCAAAGGUGGUGACAUGACAUUACUGUUUGGCUGCCGGCAGCCAGAUAUGGAUCAUAUCUACAAAGAAGAAGUUGAAGAAAUGAAGAGGAGAGGAGUUCUGAAGGAAGUUUUUACAGCUUACUCCAGGCAACCUGGCCAAGCUAAAGUCUAUGUUCAAGAUAUUCUUCAAAACAAGUUGGAAACCAAAGUGUGUAAUAUCUUGCAUAAAGAGGAAGGGCAUCUGUAUGUCUGUGGAGAUGUGCGCAUGGCCAGGGAUGUUGCUCAGACUUUGAAAAGGAUCCUUGUAAAAAACCUGAACCUCACAGAGCAGCAGGCAGAAGAGUAUUUCUUCCAGCUAAAGAGCCAAAAGCGAUACCAUGAAGAUAUAUUUGGGGCUGUGCUCCCACAUGAAGUCAAAAGAAUUUAAGAGAUUUGCAACCCAUUGGUCCAGGCGUGAAGCAGCAGACAUUCUACAUCAUAUUUGCACAUUUCUUCUUCUCAAAAAUCAAGGGAUCAAAUCCUUUAUUCAUGCUAAAUGCUGCACAUCUGAUGGUAGGAUUUGAUUUCUGAGCUUUAGCCUUAAGUAAGAAAAAUAUGAACUUUAACUUUUCUGAGACUUCUUUUAAUAGAUCAAUUUAAUACUGAAGAUGCAAAUUAUUUUUUUAAUUCUAUCUAGGUUAGUAUAAAUCUGUCAUCUUUUGCAAAUACAAAACAUAUAUACAACCUGGUCCUGAGCAAAACUUAGAGGUUUUUUGCUAUUAGUGAUUUGUUUUAGUUUUUAGUUUUUUGCUAUUGCUGGAAGUGAUUUUUUUGUUGUUUUUAUUUAAUGGACUAUUUAUCUGUUUGGAUUUAUUUAUAUUAUUGUUUUACUGUGCAUAUUAUCUUCACUUCAAAGAAGCAAGCAGGUGGUUGUGACGCUUGGAAGUGUCCAGUGACUUGUUGUAUCUGAAGCAAUGCUUGCAGAUGUGAUAAAAAUAUAAUGGCUUAUGAGUGGAAAUACCUGCUGCAUACUCUUCAAAUGUGUACAUGUGAGGAGGCAGCAGUUUUGAUUUCUGCUCUAUGUGAUUCAGGUACACCAACCUGACUUCUUGUCGUUACAGAGCCUAUAGCAAUGAGGUUCAGGAAGUUCAAAAGCACUUUGUACGUUUGAUUUCUAUGCUCUGACUUACUUGAUUUGUUUGUAAUAAAAGAUGCCUUUAUAUUAAGACAAA